GACCUUUUUCUCUGUAGUAUGGACCUGUGUUUAGCUUUACCAUGGUGGGCAAGACCUUCACUUACCUUCUGGGGAGUGACGCCGCUGCACUGCUCUUCAAUAGUAAAAACGAAGACCUGAAUGCAGAAGAAGUCUACGGUCGACUGACAACACCUGUGUUUGGGAAGGGAGUUGCAUAUGAUGUGCCAAAUGCAACUUUCUUGGAACAGAAGAAAAUCAUAAAAAGUGGCCUUAACAUAGCCCACUUUAAGCAGUAUGUUCCUAUCAUUGAAAAGGAAGCAAAGGAAUACUUUCAAAGUUGGGGAGAAAGCGGAGAAAGAAAUGUAUUUGAAGCACUGUCUGAGCUCAUAAUUUUAACAGCUAGCCAUUGUUUACAUGGAAAGGAAAUUAGAAGUCAACUCAACGAGAAGGUGGCUCAGCUGUACGCAGACCUGGAUGGAGGUUUUAGCCACGCUGCCUGGCUGUUGCCAGGUUGGCUACCUCUGCCAAGUUUCAGGCGCAGGGAUAGAGCCCAUCGAGAGAUCAAGAAUAUUUUCUAUAAGGCCAUCCAGAAGCGCAGGCUGUCAAAAGAACCAGCUGAGGACAUUCUUCAAACUUUACUAGAUUCUACAUACAAGGACGGGCGUCCUCUAACAGAUGAGGAGAUAUCAGGGAUGCUCAUCGGACUGCUGCUGGCUGGACAGCACACAUCCUCCACCACCAGUGCCUGGAUGGGCUUCUUUCUGGCCAAAGAUAAACCACUUCAAGAAAAAUGCUACUUAGAACAGAAAGCAGUGUGUGGCGAGGAGCUGCCUCCUUUAACUUACGAGCAGUUGAAGGAUCUGAAUUUACUUGAUAGAUGCAUAAAAGAAACACUAAGACUGAGGCCUCCAAUAAUGACCAUGAUGAGAAUGGCCAAGACCCCUCAGACGGUGGCAGGGUACACCAUUCCUCCAGGACAUCAGGUGUGUGUCUCUCCUACUGUCAAUCAAAGACUGAAAGACUCCUGGGCAGAGCGCUUGGACUUUAAUCCUGACCGCUACUUACAGGAUAACCCAGCAUCAGGAGAGAAGUUUGCCUAUGUGCCAUUUGGAGCUGGGCGUCAUCGUUGUGUUGGAGAAAAUUUUGCCUAUGUUCAAAUUAAGACAAUUUGGUCCACUAUGCUUCGUUUAUAUGAAUUUGACCUCAUCAAUGGAUAUUUUCCCAGUGUGAAUUAUACAACAAUGAUUCACACCCCAGAAAACCCAGUAAUCCGUUACAAACGACGAUCAAAUUGAAAAGAGGAACAAGAAGCCAGUGUGGAGAGAGGACCGCAAGCCGCAGCUGGCAGAGAAUGAAGCCUCUGAGACAGGGUUGAAGUGUGUGGUUCUGAGAGCCAGUUUAUGAUUUUAAUGUUUUAUUAACUCAGUGAUUUUUGUCAGACUGAAUGGCAUUUGAAACAGUUUAUAGUAGUUUUGAUAGGAUUUCAGGGAAGCCAAGUUUAUGUUAGAAAUCAUUUGGGGGGGCCGUGUCUUGGAAUUAAGAUACAGAAUGCAGCAUCCAGGUAAUUAACUCCACAUAUUGCCACAGGGAGAUUUGAAACUGGUGUUUGAAGUUUCAAAGCCUUGUCAAAUGCUACAAAGGUCAUGUAGUUGGGCCACUUCUGUGCGUAAAGAUAUGAGAGGAUAAAGGUUAAGUUCACUGCGAAGCUUGAGAUGGAAGUAAACACUACUUAGAUGUUGUGGUGUGUCCUUUGAAAUGUUAACUGGAAGCACCGCUCCUGGAAGAUGACAGUGAUCUUGAACCUUGCCUUGAUAACCUUAAUUCCUAAAAGUAAUAAAAUCUAAAGAGUGCUUAUGUAUGUUAUUGGUUCCAAAUGGUCACAUUUUUGUGAAAAUUCCAAAAUCAAAUCCUUAUAAGAUUUUUUAUUUUAAUUUGGCUCAAGGGUUUUUGUUGUUGUCGUUGGGCUUUUAAAAGUGUCUGAUUUUGGGAUUAGUGAGUUCUGGCCUGGAGACUGGGGAAUGGAGAUGGUGUCAUUGCCCGUAUUCUGUGGAAGCUGUGCUCAGGAGACACCCUAACAGAUUGUAACCAUGGACCCAACUCUGUGACGUGCCCUUAAUCUGUGUUAGGAGUAAGAAUAGCUCUGUUGCUGGGAGUGGUGCUGCACACCUGUAAUGCUGUUAUUCAGGACCUGAGGCAGGAGGGUUGAGAAUUUGAGGCCAACCUAGGCUACAGAGCAAAACUAACACACUCCCAAAAUAAAACCUCUUUUCUCUAAAA